UCGUUCAUUCAAGUUGACACCUGCUCUGCUGUCACCAGUCGCAGUCUGUCAUCUCAUCCAGUCCCAUGCACCAUCCAUCAUGAAGACAAGAUUCGACACCUACGACAUAGUAUGCUCUGUUGCAGAGCUGCAGAGAUUGAUUGGGAUGAGGGUGAAUCAGAUCUACGACAUAGAUCAUCGAACGUACUUGAUUCGAUUGCAGAGGAGUGAGGAGAAAGCAGUGCUCCUGUUGGAAUCUGGAAACAGAAUACACACGACUGCAUUCGAAUGGCCGAAGAAUACAGCACCCUCAGGAUUUUCCAUGAAGAUGCGCAAGCACCUGAAAAACAAGCGGCUCGAGGUCCUCCAGCAGAUCGGCACCGACCGAAUCCUGGACCUGCAAUUCGGUUCGGGCGAGGCCGCCUACCACGUAAUCCUCGAGCUCUACGACCGCGGCAACAUAGUCCUCACCGAUCACGAGUUGACGACCCUGAACAUCCUCCGUCCGCACACAGAGGCCGACAAAAUUCGUUUCGCAGUUCGCGAGAAGUACCCCCUCGACCGAGCGCACACGACGACGAUGCCAGAGGCCGCAGUAAUCCAGGAGAGGCUCUCGACGGCGAAGCCUGAUGACCCCUUGAAGAAGGUCCUGAACCCUCUGGUGGAAUUCGGCUCGGCCUUGAUCGACCACGUCCUCCUGAAAUCGGGCUUCGAGGCCAACUGCAAGAUAGGAAAGAGCUUCUCCCUGGAGAGGGAUUUCGAUCGAGUGAUGGAGGCCCUCCUAAUGGCGGACGACAUCCUGUCAUCGGCUAAGACAAGCCCCCCUGGAGGGUACAUCCUCCAGAAGAAGGAGUCGAAGCCCUCGCAGAACGACAAAGAGGAGUUCAUGAUGACGAAUGUUGAUUUUCAUCCGAUGCUGUUCGAGCAGUGCAAGACUCAGCCCUUCAAGGAGUUCGAGUCCUUCGACUCGGCCGUUGACGAGUACUUUUCAACGAUGGAGGGACAGAAGUUGGACCUGAAGGCACUCCAGCAGGAGAGGGAUGCCCUGAAGAAGCUGGAGAACGUGAAGAGAGAUCACAGCCAACGACUCGUGGGGCUUGAGAAGACUCAGGAGGUUGAUAAGCAGAAGGCGGAGUUGAUAACUAGGAAUCAGGGGCUCGUUGAUAAUGCUAUUCUGGCUAUCCAGAGUGCACUGGCCAAUCAGAUGUCCUGGCCGGACAUCCAGGGGCUUCUGGGCGAGGCCCAGAGCCGGGGGGACCCUGUGGCCUCGGCGAUAAAGAAGCUGAAGCUGGAGACCAAUCACUUUUCGCUGGGGCUCAGCGAUCCUUACGGCGAGGCUGAUGGCGAGGAGCUGAAGCCCAUGGUCGUGGACAUCGACCUGGCCCAGUCGGCCUAUGGAAAUGCCACGAGGUAUUACAACAUGAAGAGGUCGGCUGCUAAGAAACAGCAGAAGACUAUUGAGUCGCAGGGGAAGGCUUUCAAGUCCGCGGAGAGGAAGACCAAGCAGACGUUGAAGGAGGCCCAGGUGAUUCACAGUAUCAACAAGGCGAGGAAGGUCUACUGGUUCGAAAAAUUCUACUGGUUCAUCACCUCCGAGAACUACCUGGUGAUCGGUGGAAGGGACCAGCAGCAGAACGAGUUGAUAGUCAAACGUUACCUCCGAGCUGGCGAUCUCUACGUGCAUGCGGAUCUAACAGGCGCCAGUUCCGUGGUUAUUAAAAAUCCGUCAGGUGACCCAGUCCCUCCGAAGAGUCUAGCCGAGGCGGGGACCAUGGCCGUGGCCUACAGCGUCGCCUGGGAGGCGAAGGUGGUUGCCGGGGCCUGGUGGGUCCAUCACGAUCAGGUCUCGAAGACAGCACCCACUGGGGAGUACCUGACGACGGGCUCCUUCAUGAUUCGAGGGAAAAAGAACUACCUCCCGCCGUGCCAGUUGGUCAUGGGGUUCGGGUUUCUAUUCAGACUCGAAGAGAGCUCUAUCGAGAGGCACAGGGGGGAGAGGAGGGUGAAAACUCUCGAAGAAGAUUCUCUGGUCGUGGAGAGUGUCGAGGAGGACAAGGAGAUUGCUAUUGAUGAUUCCGAUGAGGAAGGGCGACUUGGCGGCAUCAAGGAGGAGAAUGUCGAGGAGGAGGGCUCGAGUGAAGAUGAGAAGUCACUCUUCCCUGAUACUCAGAUAAAAUUGGAUCUCUCUGGACCCCAAGUGAAAUUAGUUAUCGAUAAUAAGAGGCCUUUGGAGGACAGGCAGGAUCCUGAAGAGGUGUACCUGGGUGAUGAAAACCCUGUGAAACUGUCAUCGCGAAGAGCCUCAGUUCAAGAAAAACCAGUUCGACCGGUGAAAGAAAAGCCAGAAGGUGAGAGGCAAAAAGAAACGAGUGGAUUGAAGAGAGGUCAGAAGGGACGACUGAAGAAAAUUAAGGAAAAAUACAAGGACCAGGACGAGGAGGACAGAAAACUUCUCAUGGAAGUUCUGAAGCCAGACGGGGCAGCUAAAGAAGACAAACGAAAGAAGAAUAAAAACUCGCAGAGACAGAAGGUCCAGCAGAGGCAAAAGGGAUCUGGACCAGCUCCAGUCCAACAGAAGCCCCAGAACAUUGACAACGACGAUGAGGACGUUGGACCUGCCCCUGAGAUGGACAUGCUGGAUCAACUAACGGGAAAACCCGUCGAUGAAGAUGAAUUACUGUUCGCUGUACCUGUCAUUGCGCCUUAUGGCACUCUCCACAAUUACAAAUUCAAAGUGAAAUUGAUGCCUGGAACUGGAAAGAGGGGAAAAGCUGCCAAGACUGCGAUUGCUGUGUUUCUGAGGGAUAAAACUAUCACCCCUAGGGAAAAAGAUCUUCUAAAAGCUGUCAAGGAAGAGACCAUUGCUAGGAAUAUUCCAGGGAAAGUCAAAAUCAGUGCCCCACAGAUUCAGAAGUAUAAGAAGUAGAAUUAUUACAAAGAUAAUGAUUUAUUUUGGUUUUAUCAAUACAAAAUUGUUAGGAACGCAUCAUUAUUGUAAAUACUGCUCAACAGUUGUUUCAAGGAAUAAAUGGGUAAUGCACUCUGGAUUUACUAAGAGUUUAUAACAAUUUUCAA